AUGGUUUUAAUACCUGCUAAUAAAUAUCAGUUUGGUUCAGACGAUAUAGUUAUUGAAAAUGAUAAGGAAGGACCGAAGAGGAUUAUUAAAUUAGAACCAUUUUAUUUAGACAAAUAUGAAGUUUCAAACAGGGACUUUAGUUAUUUUACCAUUUUAACAAACUAUAAGACUGAAGCAGAGACUUUUGGAGAUAGUUUUGUAUUUUCACUGUUCCUCAACAACACGUUUAAAGAUAAAAUGAAGGACUUUCGUGUUGUGCAAGCUCUGUGGUGGUAUAAAAUAUAUGGUGCAGAUUGGAAGCAUCCCUAUGGUCCAGAUUCUGACAUUGCUGAUAUAAUGGAUCAUCCAGUAAUUCAUGUGUCAUGGAAUGAUGCUCGUAAAUACUGCAAUUGGAGAGGUGCACGUUUGCCCACUGAAGCUGAAUGGGAAGCUGCCUGUCGUGGUGGACAUAGAGAUACUAAAUAUCCAUGGGGGGACAAACUAUUUCCAGACAGGAAGCACAUGGCCAAUUUAUGGCAGGGCACAUUUCCUAACUAUAAUUCAGCAAAGGAUGGAUUUAUUGGUACAAAUCCUGUACAUUUAUUUGCUCAAAAUGAUUUUGGUCUUCAUAACAUGGCUGGAAAUGUUUGGGAGUGGACUGCAGAUACUUGGUCUGAUGAUAAUCCUAAAGAGAAAGUGAAGAAGGGAGGCUCGUAUUUAUGUCAUCGUUCGUAUUGUUACCGCUAUAGAUGUUCGGCACGGUCUCAUAACACUGAGGACAGCUCAGCGGGAAAUCUAGGAUUCCGUUGCGCUAAAUCGGCAGAUGAACUGCUACGCAUAUUAGACAGUGAUAAUGACGACUUUGAAUACGAGCAUGACACGGAUUUGGAUUUAGAGGAUGAAGGCCAACAAUCGCAGCGUUACGAGGCUGAACAAGUUUCGACAGGACCGCAAGAUCCAGUGGCAGAGUCGGCAUCAUCUCACACAUCGCACGGGGAUGGUAGUCAGCAAUUUAUAUGGUCUAACACAUCUUCAAGGCCAGUUAUUCAAACUUUUGAUGACUGCAGUUCUGGAAUUUCUUCUGCCACAUUAAUGUCGCUUAAUGAAGACUGCUCUGAGUUCGACUCAUGUUUGUCAACUAUAGCCAACAAAGAUGAUAAUUUGAAAAGUUUCGAAGAGGAGAUUAUAGAAGAGUCUCAACCAUUGUCUCCAAGUUUACUUUCAAACUUGCCGAAAAAAAGAAAGAAAACUGCUGAAAAGGCAACUCAGUGUGAAGAAUGUUUCGUCAAUCACAAACGAACAUCCGAGUUCGAAAUAGAAGUGAAUGUCGAUGCACUCCAACCUCCGAGAUUUAUCUGUGAACGGCCUUCAGAUAUUAGAAACGAAUAUUUUGCUAGUUUUGUUGCAUUUGAAUUGGAAAAAAUAAGGCCUGAAGAAAGAUCAUAUGUUUAUGGGCAGAUCAUAAAUACGAUCAGGAGUUGCCGUGGCGAAAAUGAAUUUCCGUGA